UCCUUUUGGCAUUCACCUCCUGUAUCAGUGUCUAUUGGAGAGAAAAUAUUCUGAGACAAAGGAUAAUAAGAAAAGUAGCCAAACAACUAAGGGCAGCUGAUAAAAAUGGAUGAAGCUUAUUUGGAAGUAUAUUCCUUGGCAGAGUUGUGUUUAGCACCGAUAGAAACAAUAGUAACACUGUUCACUGUUAAGUAUUGCAAUUCUAAGAUCAACAUUAAACUUAUACUAAGUAAAAAAAAGCCUCUUGAACGAGCAUAUGCGAUAGAUAUAUCAAAUUUUGUAUACGAGGUUAUGGAUGCACAUAAAAUCCCAUAUCAUGCAAGUUCGUGCGAAUUACCAAUUAUUAUUGUAAAUAAAACUAGCUGUGUUGCAGGACUUUGUGCGAUUUUACGACAAAUCGUUAAAGAAGUCACGGCAGAACAUCCGAAGCAUUCUUGCCGGAAAUUAUUAGGAUUCAAGGAAUCGUGUUUAACUGCUUGUUCGGAAACAAGCGUUUGGACAAAAUUUUGCGAGGUAGAUUUAAUUCUAACGGUGAAGUUUCUACACGCGGACAGCGAAAUAAAGAGUGAAUUACCUAUCAGCAUGGCAAGGUUUGAACGCCACAUGUCGCAACCAGUUAGACUGCAUAAUCUGUACAAAUAUACUAUGUCCAAAAAAUAUUCUGACAAAAGUUUAAUUUCGCCAGAGGGAUUGCGUUUACUGGAACAUACGGAGGGCUCGCAUAUAACACUAGCAGAUAUAAUUAUAUUUGUUUGUACACAUAUUUUAUUAACUGUAUUCUCGAGUGAGACAACAAUGAAUUUGCUUCCACUUACAGCCAAAUGGUACAAAAAGAUGAUCGAAGAUCAGAUUAUAGUUGAAUGCCUUAAGUUACUGCCACUGUUAAAGAGUCAAAGCAUAACCGAAUUCCAUUACACUCUUCCUCAAGUGGCAAACCAGAGUUUGUAUAAAAGCGAUCCAAAGAGAUACAAACCAAGAAGUCGCAUUUAUACGAGACAAGAAGACAUCGAAGAUUCAUUGGAAUUGUUCAAAGCGUUAAACAUACAAACCAAUCUCGACCUAGAACCAUUUGGUGCAGAAUUGAAUCUAGACUGGUCCUCGAUACCGUAUGACGCUACACCAGAAGGCGGUUCCCUACCGUUAACUCGUUUAAAAAAGAAACAAGAACAACUAGAAAACAUGUGUAAGCCUGUGAUGAAAUUGGCUAAAGCAGGAAACAUUAUUGUGGACUUUUGUUCUGGUAGCGGUCACUUGGGUAUCCUAGUCGCGUAUCUGUUGCCCUAUUGCACCGUCAUAUUGUUAGAGAACAAAGAACAAUCAUUAAACAGAGCCAAAGAAAGAGUGAAGAAACUCGGGUUAACAAACGUUAAAAUUUACCAAUGCAAUUUAGAUUACUUUAAAGGGCACUUUGACAUUGGUAUGUCGUUACACGCGUGCGGAGUAGCAACUGAUUUAGUUAUACAACAAUGCAUCAGAUUAAAGGCUAUUUUCGUCUGCUGCCCUUGUUGCUAUGGAUCGCUUCACGAUUGUCACCAUUUAACUUAUCCAAGGAGUAACGUUUUCAAGAAACAAAUGGAAUCAGAGAAAUACAUUGUUCUUAGUCAUGCUGCUGAUCAAACGCAUGACGAACAGAAUGUUAAGACCAAACAAGGCUACGAAUGCAUGGCGAUUAUUGAUACCGACAGAAAGCUAGAAGCUGAACAAUUUGGCUAUAAAGUGUAUCUUUCGAAAUUCAUACCGAAUACGUGUACCCCGAAAAAUCACAUAAUAGUAGGGAUUCCUAGAAAAGAAACUGUAUGUACAGAAUACGUAAGCUGAUCGCGUGUAUUUUCACCGUCUUUUUAUAUAUAUAUAAUUUAUGUGAAUACGAAUGAACUUGAAAACUAUUCUUGUUAUUGAAUCAACGAUCUUCGAAUAAAACUAUGUUCACUUACCCAAGAA